CUUAGGCUUUGAGGAAGCCUUAUUUUCUGUGUAGUCACUCUUGGAUACAAUUAAUUAUGAAGCUUGGUUGAAGAAUAACUAAGUAGUGCUGCUAGUCUUUCUGUUUGAAGCCAUAAAAAUGUAGUUACCUAGGAGAAUGAUUAGUAUAUACAUAAAAAACUUCUAAUAUGUUGGGAAAAAAAGAGUUCUAGAAUGGUUAUUUCGGUGUAUGCAAUACUUGUAUGCAAAGUUAUGAAAAACUUGCGAAAAGCGAGGCGAGCGACGAGGUGUUGCUCUGCCUGGGCAACAUGCAGCUGUGUGAAGAAGCGCGUGCCUGAGUGCGCUUUCCGGCGAGGCGAUGAAGUAGCGAAAAGCGAAGCGGCUUUACCAUACAAAGUGCAAGUCAAUGGUCAAAAAACAAAACUAACGAAACAAAAUUCUAAAAUCAAUCCUAAGUAGCUAAAAAACCCUUCUGCCUCACCCCCAGACCUCCGCCUACUGCUCUGCUCUGGUCACCCCCUUUGUCCCUCACAGCUUUCUGCCUCAAUCAUCAUCGCUGCCGCUUCCUCGCUGCCUCGCCGUUGCCUCCUCCCUGAGAGCUGAACUCAGAGUCCGGAGACUGUUCGUUUUAAAAAUGAGCUUGAACGUAAUAUUACGAUUAAGCUUGGAUAUGCCAAUGCAAAGAUAUAUAAAUGUGAAGAUGAACGUUGCCCUAGACCUAUGUGCUACAAGGCAUAUGGAAGUGGAAAAGAAGAUAGUCCUAUGUGCGAUGUGCCUGGUUUUGAGAACUGCAGGAUGAAGUUGCUGAGGCAUGUGUCAUUCGUUGAUUGCCCAGGCCAUGAUAUUCUCAUGGCUACUAUGCUUAAUGGAGCGGCAAUUAUGGAUGGAGCUUUACUUCUAAUUGCUGCCAAUGAGAGCUGUCCUCAACCUCAGACUUCGGAACACUUAGCUGCUGUUGAAAUUAUGCGCCUCCAACAUAUAAUCAUUCUUCAGAACAAGGUUGAUCUAGUGCAGGAAAAUAUUGCCAUCAACCAGCAUGAGGCCAUUCAGAAAUUCAUCCAGGGCACAGUUGCUGAUGGUGCACCAGUGGUACCUAUUUCUGCUCAAUUAAAGUAUAACAUUGAUGUUGUGUGCGAAUAUAUUGUGAAGAAAAUCCCCAUUCCAGAACGGAACUUCACUUCAGCACCAAACAUGAUUGUUAUCCGCUCAUUUGAUGUUAAUAAACCUGGUUUUGAAGUUGAUGAAAUCAGAGGUGGCGUAGCUGGUGGCAGUAUCUUGAAGGGUGUUUUGAAGGUUAACCAAAAAAUUGAGGUUCGUCCUGGUAUUGUUGUCAAGGAUGAGAAUGGAAACAUCAAAUGCACCCCCAUAUACUCUAGGAUAGUUUCAUUGUACGCUGAGCAGAAUGAACUCCAAUUUGCUGUGCCUGGAGGCUUAAUUGGAGUUGGCACAACCAUGGACCCAACACUGACACGUGCUGAUCGAUUGGUGGGACAAGUCCUUGGUGAGGUUGGGUCACUUCCAGAUAUUUUUAGUGAGCUAGAGGUGAAUUUCUUUUUGUUGCGACGCCUUUUGGGUGUCAGAACAAAAGACACAGAAAAACAGGGCAAGGUCACAAAGUUGACAAAGGGAGAAAUUUUAAUGUUGAAUAUAGGAUCUAUGUCUACUGGAGCUCGUGUCGUUGCUGUCAAGAAUGUCUUUGCAAAGCUUCAGUUGACAUCCCCGGUGUGCACCAGCAAAGGCGAGAAAAUUGCUCUCAGUCGGAGAAUUGAGAAGCAUUGGCGACUUAUUGGAUGGGGUCAAAUUCAAGCCGGAAUUACCCUUGAUGUCCCCCCUGCCCCAUUCGAGUGAUGUAAGUCAACAUUUUUUGGAGAACUUGUGAAUCUACAAAAACAUUAAAUUAAAAUAUGGGAGGACAAGAAACUGUUGGAAAAAAGAAUUCAGUAGAGAUAUGAACAUUUUGAAUUUUGAAUACUAAUCACACUAUUAUAGUCUUGUGUUGUUUUAUCCCAAUUAUAUUUUCUUUUUUCUUUUUCUAUUCUAAAUAUUUUCCUUCUUGGAGUGUUCGAAUGUUGUAGUCUUUUGUGGAUGUCAAUGUCUUCAUAUUCAGUUAACAGUGAAGCGAUUUCUGUUUA